GGAGCCCAGUCUAAGGAAUGGCGUCAAACUGGAAAGGAAUGGGGCCCGAUUCAUGUUUGCGGAAUGACGCCCAACUUGAAAGGAAUGACGCCCAUGUGCAAAAUGGCAAAAUAUGGAAAGGGCAUUGUAGUUUUGGCGCCAUCAGCGAGUCGCUCUGCGCGGCUCCGUCUCGGCUUUUCUGUCUGUCUGUCUGUCCUAAGGUUGAGGGUUCAGAUCCCUUUUUCUGCCUGUCAGGCUCUGGUGGCAUUUUGCCAGCAGCGAUGGCGCUGCUCCUGCGCCAGUUGUCGGCCGCCGGUGGGCGCCGUUUUUCGGCGGGCUUGGCGGCGGCCUCGACACGUGGAGUGCAGACAGUGGCUCUGCCCGAUCUUCCGUACGAUUACGCCGAGCUGGAGCCGGUCGUCAGCGCAGAGAUCAUGGAGCUCCAUCAUGCCAAGCAUCAUCAAGCAUACGUAAAUAAUUACAAUGUGGCCUUGGAGAAGUAUGAGGCGGCGGAGAAGAAGAAGGACACCCAUGCUAUGAUUGCCUUGCACGGCGCGCUGCGGUUCAACGGCGGGGGUCACGUGAAUCACUGCCAGUUUUGGGAAAAUCUGGCGCCGGAGAAAAAGGGAGGCGGGGAGCUGCCCCAAGGCCCGCUCGCCGAUGCCAUUGCGACUCAGUUUGGAUCCCUUGAUGAGCUAAUUAAGAAGGUGAACGCCGCGGGAGCCGCGGUGCAGGGGUCGGGAUGGGUAUGGCUAGGCGUCAACAAGGACACGGGCAAGCUCCUCGUUGACACGACACCCAAUCAAGAUCCCUUGGUGGUGAAAGGCGCGGGUCUGGUGUCCAUCUUGGGGAUCGACGUCUGGGAGCACGCCUACUAUCUCCAGUACAAGAAUGUCAGGCCUGAUUAUUUGAAGCACAUCUGGAAGGUCGUUAAUUGGCGUGACGUAACAAGACGGUAUGAGCAGGCGAUGAAGGCCAGAGUCGCAGCCACCAAAUGAUCAUCAUGAUGAUGAUUAUUAUGCCUCGAUAAUUAUUAUGGGAAUGAUGGUAAUGGUGAGGAGGAGGAGGAGGAGGACGGACGAAAGGCAGGCGUGCAUUUCUUUUUCGUUUUUGUUUUUGUCUUUGUCUUUCCCCUCCUUUUCCCGGGAUCUCGUGUAGUGGGUGGAUUUUGGAGGCACACCAUAUAGGAAGAAGGAGAGGCUAAUCAACAAGAUCUUGCACAUCUCGUUUUUUUUUUUUUUUUUUUUUUUUUCUGGCUUUUCCCCCUUUCUUCUGUCUGUGUACAUCUUCGAUCCUGCGAGACGUUUUUGCUUGUGUGUCUUCUCUCCGGUUUUCGUUUCCAUACUGCGAGACGUUUGUAUUUAAUG